CGGAUUCUCUAGGAAAGGAGAGAAGACCGGCUGCCGGAAGUGACGCUGAGAUUUGUUGACCGCGGCUGGUGCUGCUGCUGCUUGCGGCGGGGUGGAGAGAGCGAUCGAGAGAGAGAGAAUUGGGAGAGAAAGAGAGGGGACCCGGGUGGGAACUAGGGACUCCCUCCGCAGCCUUUCUUUCUCUUGAUCUCUAUCCCGCCCCCCCCCCGCCCCUUCUCUCUUAUCCCUACCGGAAACGGAACCAACUCCAACCCGGACACUCGUCCAGGGAGCCGGGGAGCCAGGUGAGUGCGCGUGUGACUGAUGGGGAAGGUGAAGUGAUACCCUGGGAGCAAUUCGUGCAUUGCUGGGAGGGGCGGAGGCUGGGAUCCACCCUGCUGCAACGUGGCGGGGGUGGAGAUUAUGGGCAGCACACCCCCACCCCACCCCACCCCAAUUGCCUAGGAGCCACUCGCUGCAAAGGCGGAGUCGGUGGGCCCAAUGGGUGGGUUGGCGAAACCUCGAAAUCCCGCCACUGAAAGGAUAUCAAGCCCGCCCCUUGAGACCCACCUGUUGAGAGGAGGGGUGACAGCUGAUCCAUUUGGGAUCUGCCCAUGGCAAGGGUACCAAUAUGUGCACAUUCUUCAGAAAGCCAGUAAUCCAUAUCUCACCACAACCUUGAAAUUUCAUCACUAGAAAAUCUCAGCCUUGAGGCCCACUUGUUGAGAGGAUGGGUUGACAAUUGACGUAUUGUCAAAAAUCCACCUGUGCUUUGCCUUUGGCAUAUGUGCCAAGGCAGAUAUCUGUGCAGGUUCCUUUGCUAGGAAUGGGGGAGACUCACAGGGAAAGUGGCGCACAGCACCUUUCAGACAGCUUUACUUCAGGAUCCUCUUGGGGUGAGUGAGUGGUCAUAGGGCAGUAGUAGGGACCUACAGCCCUCCAGAUCCUAUCAACCCCAAAUGGCAUGGCCAAUGAUCAGGGAUGAUGGGAUUCGAAAUCCAGAUGCAUCUGGAAACCAAAGGGCUUUCCACCUCUGGUGCAGGAUAUAGUAAUGCUGCUCCUAAAUUACAGGUAGCAUGUAACAGCAGUAUAUAAGAUGAAUAAAUAAAUACUCCUUAAAACGAAAGGAAGCCUCAGGAAUCCACUUGCCCCAUAGGAAGAUGUGGUGUCUACCCACUAUAAUCUGGUGCUGUGGGCUCUGUGUCAGCUGAGAUGCCUCAAAAUAUAAUGCAUAGAAAGGACUCUCCUGGUUAAUCCAUUUCCCCAAUACUCCCUCCUGCAGAUAAAUAUACUUACUGAUCAGUUGCAGAAAAUACUGUUUUAGUUUUAAAAAGUUGUAUUGGAAGGCACUAUGUGUAUGCAGAAUGGCAGGAUUGUUGAGGGUGGAGAACGAAAACACAGAGGAUGGUGUGGAGUGCCUAAUGGCUGCUGAAUGGUUAUAAAAAGUCCCAAUGCCCCAAAAGCCCACUGUGAAUUGAGGAAGACCAAAAAAAAGUACCGUAGAUGUUAGUGGAGGAUCAAACAGUUACCUUUGCCCAGAGCAACUCUUUGGGACUUAAAUUGCUGUUUUUGAAAUGUAUUUCUUAUUGUAUUUCUAUUCCUGCCUUUUCUACACAGAGUUCUCCUUUUCUCCUCACAACAAUCCCGUGAGGUUGGUUGGGCUAAGAGAUUUGUGAUAGACCCCAAGUCACCCAGUGAACUUCAUGGCAGUGUGUGGGGACUCAAACCUGACAUUCUAAUUACUACCCUCUGUGUACGCUUGAUCUGCAGAAAUUAGCACCAUGAGGCUCUUCACAGCCUGGAGAUAAACCUUAUGCCACCUGCUAAUUUGCUGCAGAUGAAUAGCUGAUGAACGUCAGUUACAGAGGAUGCUUGUAAAGUUGGCAGCUCUACGUGUUGUUAAACAGAGUGUUCAACAAUGCUUGUGUAUGAAACUGAUGUAGCAUCCCAUUUAAAUCAAUUACAAUGGUACAUGCCGAUCUCAAGUUAUGUGGGAUAAAGGCUUGAAGAAUACUAGUGCAUCAGGUUUAAAUCUGAUGUUGCAGGGUCAGUCUCAUCCUCUUCCUCUGGUAUCUGAUAUCUACAUCAUUUGGAAAGAACACACAUAGAUUUGAGUGGAAAAUUGAUUUCUAGCACACAUGCACUAAGUAUCAUAUUCUGAAAUAACUGCAGACUUUCAUGCAAAGGGAAGGUGAAGAGGCAGGUUGCCUUUGAUUUGUUCCAAGAUUUUUGUUUGUGGAGAUCCAUGGGAACAUCAGCAGGAAGGUUAAAGCACUUUCCUCUUCAAAACUGUAGGCUCUGCUGGAAUCUAAUGGUCUAGUUUAGUCCACACUGGAUGUUGGUCUGUGUUGCUGUCUUCUUUCACCUCACCUCCCUUCUUGACUGCAACUGCAGCAUUGGCUGCAGCGAUGACUUAUGAUCAUGCAAUUCUGUCGCCCUGGCUAGGAAGGUUAUGCAGUUUAUAAAAGAGUGCUAGAUUGUCAGAAGGCUAUAAAAGGGAUUUACUCAGGUGCAGAGUUUACUUGAGGUUGGCACAGCCUUUCUUGAGAAGCGGGAGUAGCACUAGACUUCAAAUCUUUGGGCAAGUAGUAGAGCUGCAACCUUUAAUCAGUUACAAGGCCAUAAGAAGAGAAGUGCUGGAUCAGGCCACUGAUUCACCUGGUCCAGCAUCCUGUUCUUACAGUGGUCAAUCAGAUGCUCCAAUGAGAAGCUCACAAUCAGGACCUGAGCACAAGAGCUCUCUGCUCACCUGCAAUUGCCAGCAAGUGGUAUAUUUCCUCUAACAGUGGAGGUCAAACAUAGUUAUUAUGGAUAAUAGCCACCACUCAGUUAAAAACAUUUUUCCUUAACUAAAAAUGCACACACAGUUAAUUAAGCAGUGCAUUUUUAGGAAGGUUACUUCUUUUUAAAAUUAGUAUUUAGUGCAUGCCAUCUGCCAUUUUUUUAUAUCUUGGAAGAGAAUCCAGUGUGCUAUGGGGUGCAGUUCAGUGUUUUGCUUCUUGCAGUUUGGGAUUAGAUUACCUAAAAGAAAUUGCCUCACCCCCAUAUCCUUGCUGGUCAACUAUGUUGCUCAGGCGGGACAUUGCUGAGAGUACUGCAUGCCCCAGAGGUGUGCUAUGUAUGCAGUAAAGGCUAAGCUUUUAAUGUUACAGCUCCAGCCAUCUGGAAUGAGUUCCCACCUGAAAUUAGAAAAGUGCUUAAUGUCUUGAUAUUUAGGUGCUGGGUGAAAAUGGUCUGUUUUUUUAAAAAGUUUUUAUUAAAGAUUUUCUUGGGUUACAAAAGUACUGCAUUGUCUCUAUUUUCAGGUUGCAAAGUAUUUUCUAUGGAUAAGUUACAUUUCAUGUGAGCCAUUAAUGUUGUAUACAAUAUAAGGUUGGGAGAGAAGAGAGGUGGGGAGAGAGAUUGAGGGGAGGGGUGGUAGUAAACUUGCAUUCUUUUACUUAGUGUGUGUGUGAGAGAGAGAUUUUUGUGUCAGCGUCACUUGGGUAGGUUCUCUUUCUUUUCAUUUACUGUAUUAGUUUUCAUUGGCAGUGAGAAAGUUUUUUUUGGGGGGGGGGAGCCCAGGGCAUGUUUGGUUACCUUCAGUUGACUGCAGAGAUUUGUUUGUCCUCUUUUAUUUGUCCCUUUGUCAGUUUCAGUCUGUUGGUUAGCUUUUCUAGGAAGGCUGUUUUCCAUACAAUUUGGUACCAGUGGUCCAUGUUCACUCGUGACAGGUCUCUCCAGUGUCUGGCUACGAUGCUUCUUGCUGCUGAGAGUAGGUGGGUUAUAAGCUCUUUAUAAUGUGUGUGCUAUUGUCUUGGAAAAUAUUCAAUAGGACCAGUUCUGGGGUGGCUUCUGUUUAGUUAUUUUGCAUAUUUUUUUGUAGGACAAGAAGGGUUGGAUUUUGGGGCAAUACCACAUGUGGAGGUAUGUGCCUGUAGAGGUUUAGCCUCUCCAGCAUUUUGGUGAGGUUACUGGUUCUGGCUGAAAAUGGUUUUGUUUAAAAAGGCUUUUCGUGAAAGGGAGCCCAUUUGUUUUGGAAAUGGUUGUAUUGGUUUUAGUUUGCUGAGUUUGUAAUGUUGUGCAUAUUUUUCCUUUUUCCUUUUAUUAACACUGCUUUUUAAUGCACUCUUUCUUUCUCUCUCUCUCUCUCUCUCUCUCUCUCUCUCUCUCUCUCUCUCUCUCGGCUACUAAGGUAGUCACACAUUAUUGAAAAAGACAGAUGUGGGGACACAUUUGCAUAAAAUGUGCAUAAGCUGAUCUAUACAUGUAUAUGCAAAUUUAGAAAUAAUGACUAUAAUUUGAAUAGAAAGAAAGGUACAGCUCACCACGUGAGCAGCCUGCUUGCUUACUCUACUGCCCAGCUGUUUGCUGCUGAUGCUCCUCUGCUUCCUGGGAUUCUUCCCCUUUAAGCCAAAAUUGGACUUCAGGCAGCUCUUUAAAAUAGGAGCCUUCCAAUAGAGGCCUCUUCUCUGUAAAGCAGGAUACACUGUCUCCUUCCUGCUCUUCAUCAAACUACCUCUCAGGUUGUGAGAUUAAAAUUGAGUUGAGGGGGAACAAUGUAUGAUAGCCUAUGUUCCUUGGGGAGCAGUGGAAUAACAAUGUAAUAAAAUAAAGUUGUGUGUGUGUAAUUUUCACAUUGCUUGAAUGGACUGGAGGCUCCUUCCCCAACCUGCUGCAUUCCAGACUUUGCUGGACUACAGUUCCCGUUAGCCAAAGUCGAGGAGUAGGGGAGUUGUAGUUAAGGUCAUCUGGAGCGCACCAUGUUGUCUACCCCUCCUUUGUGUCCCUUAAAAUACCCCAUAAAGUCCCCUUUGCCCCCCGUUUCAUUAGACCUUUAGCAAAGGUUGAGUUUUGGUAUCCAAGACCACCACACACCCAUCCCUGUUUGGUCUGCCUUCAGGCCACUGAAACUGAAUCUUUCUUUGGCUUGAGGGUGGGAAAAUAUUGCAAGGGCUUCUGUGCUUUCUGGUGGAAAAUAUCCCACUCCACUCUCUGAUUUAUCUUCUUCUCUCCACCCCGCCGUCAUCGGCCUGCAGCAUUCCCGCAAAGUCCAGUGGGGAGUAUCCCUAAAACAAAGGAACAGGAACUCCAGGUGGGGACGAAGAAGCACUUUUUUGCCCCACAUUUGCCCCUUCUCCCUCAUUCCCCUGGUCCUCCCCUGUCCACUGCCACAAGAUGGCAUCCGACAGCCCAGACCCUCUGAUGACCCUCUGCACAGAUUAUUGUCUUUACAACUUGGAGGGGACUCUUUGCUACUUGCUGGACAACGAGACACUCCGCCUCCACCCAGACAUCUUCUUGCCGAGUGAGAUUUGUGACAGACUUGUCAAUGAGUAUGUGGAGCUGGUAAACGCCGACACUAUCUUUGAGCACAAUGAGAACUUCUUCACACUCUUCUCAAAUCCACGGAGUACCAGGCUGGCAAGAAUCCAUUUGCGGGAGGACAUUGUGCAAGAUCAAGACCUGGAAGCCAUCCGAAAACAGGACCUGGUCGAAUUAUUCCUGACAAACUGCGAGAAACUGACAGCCAAGAGCCUCCAAACCCUGGGCAGCUUCAGCCCCACCCUUGUCUCCCUCAGCCUCUUCGGCUGCACCAACAUUUUCUAUGAGGAGGAGAAUCCAGGGGGCUGCGAGGACGACUUAAACCCAACCCGCCAGGUCUUGGUCAAGGACUUCACAUUUGAGGGUUUCAGCCGCCUGCGGUUCCUCAACUUGGGCCAGAUGACCAAAGGGGUGAAUGUGGAGAGCCUGCUCCGACCUCUGGCUUCACUGACUGCACUGGACCUCUCUGGGAUCCAGCUCAAUGAUAUCCUUUUCCUCACCCAAUGGAAGGAUAGCUUGGCUUCCCUGGUGCUUUACAACAUGGACCUCUGCGAGGAGCAUGUUCAGGCCAUCGCCCAACUGCGCAAGCUCAGGCACUUGGACAUCUCCAGGGACCGCCUCUCCAGUUAUUACAAAUUCAAAUUGACCCAGCGGGUCCUGAACCUCUUUGUGGAGAACCUGGUCAACCUCACCUCUCUGGACAUCUCCGGCCACAUCAUGUUGGAGAGUUGCUCCUCUUCUAGUGAGGACGAGAAAGUGGGCCAGACAAGCAUCAGCCCUGAAAUGAGCAGCAUCACCCCUUUCAGGAACCUGAAGCAGCCUCUCCAGUUUCUGGGCCUCUUUGAGACCGCCCUUUGCCAUCUCUCACACAUCCCAGCCUACAAGGUUACUGGGGUCAAGAGUGAAGAGCGAGUGCUCAACGCCAUUGAGGCAUAUACCGAGCAUCGUCCUGAGAUCACGUCACGAGCCAUCAACCACCUUUUUGACAUCACUCGUACUGAGCACUGCAACCAACACCUGAGAGCCCUCAAGCUAGUUAUAACAGCUCUGAAGUGCCACAAAUACGAUAAGAAUAUCCAGGUGACAGGAAGCGCCACUCUGUUCUACCUCACCCAUGCAGAAUACCGCUCGGAGCAGAACAUAAAGUUGCGGCGCCAGGUUGUCCAGGUGGUGUUGAGUGGCAUGGAGUCUUACCAGGAAGUCACUGUGCAGCGCAACUGCUGCCUGACUCUGUGCAACUUCAGCAUCCCUGAGGAGGUGGAGUUCCAGUACCGGCGGGUCAAUGAGCUGCUCCUGAAUAUCCUAAACCAAACGCGGCAGGACGAGUCGAUCCAGCGCAUCGCGGUGCACCUUUGCAAUGCCCUGGUGUGCCAGGUGGACAACGACCACAAGGAGGCUGUGGGCAAGAUGGGGUUUGUCAUGACCAUGCUGAAACUGAUUCAGAAGAAGCUGGUGGAUAAAACGUGUGAUCAGGUGAUGGAGUUCUCCUGGAGCGCCUUGUGGAACAUCACAGAUGAGACCCCAAACAAUUGUGAAAUGUUCCUCAACUACAGUGGCAUGAAACUCUUAUUGGAGUGCUUGAAGGAAUUUCCCGACAAGCAAGAACUGCAUCGCAACAUGCUGGGCCUCCUGGGAAACGUGGCAGAGGUGGAAGAGCUCCGCCCACAACUGAUGACCUCCCAGUUCAUCAGUGUAUUCAGCAACCUUUUGGACAGUGAAGCUGAUGGCAUUGAAGUAUCCUACAAUGCCUGUGGAGUCCUCUCCCACAUCAUGUUUGACGGCCCGGAAGCCUGGAUGAUCAGUGAGCCGCGCAGGGAGGAGGUAGUUAACCGGAUGUGGGCAGCUAUCCAGCGGUGGGAUGUCAAUUCCAGGAGGAACAUCAACUACAGGUCAUUUGAGCCAAUCCUCAGGCUCAUCCCUCAAGGAAUCUCUCCAGUGAGCCAGCACUGGGCUACAUGGGCCCUUUACAACCUUGUGUCUGUCUACCCAGACAAAUACUGCCCUCUACUGAUCAAAGAAGGUGGCCUCCUUCUUCUGAGCAACAUGAUCAAAAUGGCUUCAGCCCGGCCAGAAACGAAAGAAAUGGGAAGGAAAGUCAUAGAACACGGCAAUAACUUUAUGGACAAGAACAUGGACACGUCUAGAUAGAGGCACCCCUGGCUUUCCAUCACCUGCCAGCAUUGCAUUCAACAUCUCUCCCAUUCAUUGUACAUAGGUUGGACUUUCUCACCAGCUUAGCAGUUGGAACGAGCUUUUAUGAAUUUGUGUGUGUGUCCGUCUUUUUAAAAAGAUCCCCAGCAAACAAAAGUGCUUUCGAGUAGCACCAGCUGUGGGGGCCAUUUUGCACAGCAGCAAUCCCCUUCCUUUAAAUAAUGAAUUUCUUCCUUAAUCCCUUCUACCACUACAACUUUCUCUUUUUUUGGUCUUGUUUUGUUUCAAACGGUUCAGAUUGGAGUUUGUGUGUAUGUUUAUGAUUUCUGUAUAUAUAUAAAAAAAGAAAAAUGAAGCAAUGACCACAUCCUGUGUCUGUUUGGCAUUUUCUGGAGAAUAUGAAAAGCUUCAAAUGAAUGUAAACCCAAUCAUCUAGCUGUGUGAUGGCUAUAAUAAAAAUUUCCCUCUUUGUUUUAGGGGUGUUUUAGCUUAGGGAAAAGUCAAGUAAGAAGCAACAUGAUAGAAGUUUCUAAAAUUAUGCAUGGUAUGGAGAAAGCAGAGAGAGAAAUGUUUUUCUCCCUCUGGAUGCUAGAACCCAUGGAUAUCCAAUGCAGCUGAAUGUUGGAAAGUUCAGGACAGAUAAAAAGAAUCACAGAAUCAUCAUCCUUCAUGCAGUGCAGAGUCAAAAUGGUUUACAUUUCUUAUCCAGUAAGAGCUGUUGUGACAGUGGAAUGGACUUCCUCUGGAGGUGGUGGGCUCUCUUUCCUUCAAGGUUUUAAAGCCAAGGUUGGAUGGCCAUCUGUAAUGGAUGCUUUAGUAGAGAUUCCUGCAUUGCAGGGGUUGGACUAGAUGGUCCUUGGGGUCCCUUCCAACUCCACGAUUCUUUGAUUCUGUGAGGAAAGACAUCCCUGUUUAAAGUGGUAUCAUGGUGCUUUAAAUGUACGGGUUUAAAUGUACGGGGUGUAUGUAGCCUAAAUCCCACUCAGAUUGGACCUACAGGUGAAACUCGGAAAAUUAGAAUAUCGUCGAAAAGUGCAUUUAUUUCAGUAAUGCAACUUAAAAGGUGAAACCAAUAUAUGAGAUAGAUGCAUGACAUGCAAAGGUAUGUCAAGCCUUUAUUUGUUGUAAUUGUAAUUAUUUGUCGUUAGGCGGGUCAAUUAUAAAUGGAAUGUAAUUAAUGAAAACGUAAUAGCGAUGUUUAUUUUUUGUUUACUUUUGUAUUAUUGUAACUAUUUGUUUUAUAACUGUGGAAUUUCCAAAAGAAAGCAUUUGUAAAAAUUAAAAGAAAAAGAAAAAAAUAAUAAGUUGCAUUACUGAAAUAAAUGCACUUUUUGACGAUAUUCUAAUUUUCCGAGUUUCACCUGUAUUAAAUGAUUGGCACCAUGUCCAUUAAUUUGACCUAAGAACAAAAGCAGAGCCCUGUUGGCCUUGGUCCAUCUAGUCCAGCCUCCUGUCCCCACAGUGGCCAACCAGAUGCCUCUGGGAAACCCACAACCACCCCUCCAUCUCAGCAAGCAAGAGGCCUCAAGAAGGAAGUGCAACUUAGGAGAGUGACCUGGGGACAGGCCUGGGAGUUAAGAGGCUUGGACAACUGCAUUUGGUACAUGCCUGGGGUUCUCCACUGCUUGCCCAGGGCCCAGCUGCUCAUAUGAAGAACUUUGGCCAGAUUCAGCAACAGAUUCAUACAGUGGAACCUUCUUGGUCGCUCUGUGCCACCUGCCCCUGUUGAGCUGGUUGCUACACUUCCAUCCAGAGUUGCAGCAGCCAGGAACAAGCAAUCUCCAGACCACAUGAACUCUGCACUCUCACCUCUGGGACUUCCCUCUGAAGAAAGGUGGUGGAAAGAGAAAAGUUUCUCUCCCUCUCUCCUAACACUGCAACUUGUGGGCAUCCACUGAAGCUGAACAUUCAGGACAGAUCAAAGGAAGAACUUAUUCAUGCAGCACAAACUGUGGGACUCCCUCUCACAGGAGGCAGUGGUGACCAACUUGGAUAGAUAGAAGAGAGGAUUAGACAACUCCAUGGAGGAGAGGGCUAUCAAGGGUACCAGACAUGAUGGUUGUGUUCUGCCUCCACGGUUAUAGGCAGCAAUGUUCCUGAAGACCAGCUGCUGCAAGCCAUGGGAGGGGCAGGUGCCUUUGUUCUUGGGUGCUUCUUGCAGGUUUCCCACAGGCAUCUGGUUGGCUGUGGCAAGAAGAGGAUGCUGGUCUAGACUGGCCAUUGGCCUGAUCCGCCAGGUUCUUAUGUUCACUGCCUCAGCACACAAUACCUAUGCAGGAUGAAUGGAUGCGAACGAGACGGCGUCCUUCCUAAUGCUGUUUCACAAAGGCCUUUUCCCUCGCCGCAUUUUACUUAAGGUAUCUGUA